ACUAAAUUUCAUUAAUUAUUCCAGACCUCUGUUUCUAAUAUUCCUUUUCUGUGUCCUUAAAGACCGUCCUUUAGCAAAUAUUAUUGUGAUUUUCCCAUAAAUUCCUACCAAACGCACAUUAUGGAUACUUGAGAUGGUACACUGGAAGUAACUGAAGUAAAGUCAUCUCCUGCUCGUGAAAUUUCCGCAUAGCCAUCAUAAAUCAUCUUGAGUGGAUACAUAAUGUGUUACUUUGGCGGUCAAUAACUCUUUUUAUUGGUGUAAUAUUUCCCGUAUAAUGCCUUUAACCACUACUGAGGAAAUAAAAUCAAAUUAUCCUUUUUAUGAAACAAAAAUAAAAUACCCGUAUAGAAAGUUUAAAGUUAUGGAUGAUGCUUUGCAGGUAAUUGCAAUUCUGUUGUUGGCACUUUGCUCUGUUGCAUUUGCUGAAGAUGCCAAGGAGGAGAAAGUUCGUGACUCUCGCGAUGUUCGCCAUGUUCUUAGGAGUCCAUUCACAAGCAACUACUACCACCCUUUCCAAUACCGUCAUCCCAGCGCUUAUUCAACACCAAAUUAUAACUACAAUCCCACUCUGAACUAUGCCUACAGAACGGCUGAAGCCUCGGCUCCCAUUCUCAAGAUGAACACCGAAUCCCAUCCGGAUGGCAGUUACAAUUACGAAUACGAGACUGGAAAUGGAAUCAGAGCUGAUGAACACAGCCUCCAAAAUGGUCUUGAACACGUUGUCCGUGGAUCUUACUCCUAUGUAGCGCCUGAUGGAAAGACCUACACCGUUCACUACAUCGCCGACCGAAAUGGCUACCGUGCAUACGGAGAUCAUCUGCCCCAGCAGCCCGAUCAAGUUGCUCCUCUUCCAGCUUCACGAGUCGUUUCGCCCUCUCUCGUGACUCCAGCUGCCUCUGUGGUUGUGCCAGUUGAAACUAGUACAGUCCACCCUGUUGUCACAGUCACCUCUACACCCGUAGUGACUCCUAAGUCUGUGGUUGUCCCUCCCAGGACAUCCUACUAUUCCCAGCCACGCUACUACAAUCCCUACAAUCCUUACUUCGUGCCUUCUUACCAGCAGCACUACGUCAACCCUUACAAUCCCUACUACGUCUCAACGGUCGCCCCACCCUUCCUGAAGAAGUGACCUGAAGGACCUCCAAACGGAGCCCCUUCCACAGCUCCCAAUUUUAUUUUUUUUAUAAAUUAAAAGACGCUGUGUGAAGUGUAAUAAAGUCCUUUACUGUGCACA